AUGUGUGACUUUUGCCAAGGAUGCUGUGAAUGUGGUUCCAUGGGAGGGUGCUUUUGCGAUUCUGUCUGCCAGUCCCAGGGUGACUGCUGUCAUGACUAUGUUCAAUUCUGCCCCAAUGCAACUACAACCGAAAGUACUACUACAGGAUGGACAAGUUACCCAGAUUCCACAACUAGCCCGAUCCCAACUGAAGCACCUGGUACUGUUCGUCUCGUGAAUGGUAUCGGAACACACGAGGGAAGGGUAGAGGUAUUCUACAGCGGAUCUUGGGGGACCGUCUGUGACGACUAUUGGGGCAUAGAGGACGCACGUGUGGUCUGCAGAAGUCUAGGCUUUGAGGGUGCCCUUAGUGCCCCAAGGCAGGCCCGCUUCGGCCAGGGCAGUGGUCCUAUUUGGAUGGAUAACGUUCAUUGUUUGGGCAAUGAGGAAUACAUCUUCAGCUGCCCGCAUAACAGUUUCGGAAGUCACGACUGCGGCCAUUGGGAAGAUGCCAGUGUCGUCUGCUUGCCUGAUCAGGCAGAACUGACUUGUGACAGCAUGUCGAUGACGCUUAUAAUGGACAGGGCCCUUCUCGAGAUCGGCGACGACGCCCGCGAUAUCCAGUUUGAAGACGAGUCUUGUGUUGGAUACGACCACGAUAGUCAGCAUGUUGCGAUCACCACCACGUACGACAGAUGUGGUACUACGCAAGAGCAAGACGACGACUACAUAAUAUUUACCAACAUGGUGACGUAUUACAAGCCUCGCCCUGAAAAUGGAACUGAGCUCAUUACCAGAGAACACUAUCUUCAUAUCCCUGUUACUUGCUACCUGGAGAGGACGCAGGCCUUGGAAGAGUCCUUCUUGCCUCAAGCAAAUCUUUAUCUUUUUGAAGAGGAAGGGUACGGCGAGUUCUCGCUUAACCUUGACCGGUAUACAAACUCAGGCUUCUACCAACCUGCAAACGAUUCCGGCGAAGUUACACUCGGCGCCCCGCUAUACUUCAGCGUCGGCCUGACGUCCGUCACGAACCUCACGCUUCUCAUCGAGUCGUGCUGGGCAACGAGCUCGCCGAGCCCACGGGACGACCAUCGCUAUGAUAUCAUCGAGAAUGGAUGUGCCGUGGACAGCACAACAGUCAUCUACAAUUGGCUCUCUCCAACUUCCAAGGGAUUCAGUAUCGCUGCUUUCGCCUUCAUUGGCGAUUUCGACAAGGUUUAUGUUCACUGCUCAAUCCUGAUCUGUGACAAAAACGACUCGGGCUCCCGCUGCGCUCAGGGGUGCCUGGCACGAGCUCGUCGUAGUCUGCAGCCGGCAGGCUCGGGAUCCAAACCUCACACCAUCACGAGCGGACCGCUCUCCGAUGCCUCACGCUCCCAAAGGGCUAUGUUGCUUGAUAGCUUUGAAGAUGGACCCGAAUCUCAUGACCCCCUGAUGAUCGUUGCUGUGAGCGCCAUCUGUGUUCUCAUCGCUCUUACUGUCAUCAUGGCGCUGAUGAUGGUGCGCAUGCGUCGUCAUCGCCACGAGCUGAUUGGCUAUCGCAGAGUGGGCGUUACCGAGAAUGGCUAUUAACGCUUGAAGAGAGAGAGAGAAAAAAAUACAUCGAUCUGAUUGGAGUAAAAUUACAAAUACAUGUAUAAUUUUAAAGUGUCAAAGCUCCUCUUAGGCUCUUCGCACGGAAUCAAUUGUAAUAUGGAAAUGUUACCUCUGUAAUAUGGAUUCAAACAUCAAGAUAAAUACUACGAUUUUUUAUUAAUGCAGUCUCUUGGUGAAGGGUAUCUUAUUGGUGAUAAGAAAUUGGAGACGGUGUCAUGUGCUUUGAUUCAUAUUUUUUUUGCCCAUAACACUUUCAUUUUUGUGUGAUAGUCAAACAGAUAUAAAGAAUAGUACCUUUAGGUGGAAGUAGGAAGCCUUUAAACAAAUGUAUAUACACCUGUAUAAAUAUGUCUUCUAUGCAAUCCCAUAUAUUUCUACACAGAUCUUCUCAAACUAUUUUCUUCUUUCAUUUAAUAUUCGUAAUGCUAAACUUAAGUACAUGCAGAACCUAGUUGCGUAUUGUUCCAUUGUCCAUUUUAAUAAUGGCAGAAUCUCUCUAAAUUGUUACUUUUCACAUAGGAGAUAAAGAUUUCAUCUGCUUUUCUUUGUUGGUAUCAGCAGUGCGUAGGGAUAUGAACGUCAUAAAUUGUUGUGUUUUGUUCUCGUUUUUUUCUUCUGUUAAGUAUAACUCGAUCGCAAAGACUUUCGAGAUCACUUUCAGAGUUCGUAAUAACGUCAUUGUAAUGUUCGCACACUCUAAGGUGGCGCACAUGGCUAUUGAAAUCGCUCUAGGUUGAUUUCUCGAAAGUUUUUGAGCUCGGGUUACAUGUAGAUCUUUCAGAUAUAGAAAUUGAAAUCGAAGGUUAAAGCGUUCGCCUUUUGGUUUAUCCUUUUCGUCAACUUUCAUUGGAAUCGAAAAGAAAAUGAUAAUUGUAUAAUACAUGUAAUUUAUGUUAAAGGUACUAUGUCCCAUUUGCAGGCCA